AUGGCUAUGACUAGCAUUGGUAAUAUAACGAAGGUAUUUUCUUUUCCAGAUCUUAGUUGGUCAAGAUUCGGCUCGCUUCCGCUCCGAAAGUCCAGACUAGCCAAAGAAAAUGGCGUCAGUCUGGUACCCAAACCAAAGCACAAAGACAUAUCGCAAUGGCUCAAGGAUUUGGAACUUGAAGAGUACGCUCAUCUUUUCGCAAAGUUUCAAGGUGUGGAGGAUAUCCUGGAAUUCUCGGAGACGGAUCUUAAAGAUUUGGGUGUUAAGAAAUCUUCGCAUCGAGCUACGAUUAUUAGUAGUUUGACGUUGCUUCGUGCUAAAUAUCAUGAAAGUAGUGAGUCAUCAUCAAAUACAUCUUUGGAAAAAGAAUUAGAGCUAAACUAUGUUGACGAAGAGUUCGAUCUGAUUGACGAUGAGUUUCUAUCUUUAGAAGAUGAAGAACGUUUAGAUGAAAACAGGCUCCAUUAG